CUUACUUCAAUUAUUAUAUACUUAGGGAUUGGUGAACUUGAUUUAUGAAGUUUUUUUCAGUCAUUUUCUUAUAAUAAAAUUUAUGGUACCAAAAUUUGAUUACUUGAUGGUGUUGUACAUAUGUACAAAUAAAUAGGAUAUCAAUAUAAAUAUUUGCAGUUUAUAAAUUACUAUUCACUUUAAAAACAAAUAAUAAAACGAUAAUAUGGGAGUAACCGGCCUUUGGAAAUUAAUAGAACAAUCAGGAAAGGAAGUUUCAAUAGAAACUUUGGAAAACAAAGUUCUUGCUGUUGAUAUUUCAAUAUGGUUACACCAGGUUAUUAAGGGCUUUCAAGAUAGAAAGGGAAAUGCUUUGCAGAAUGCACAUUUACUUGGUCUAUUUAAUCGCCUUUGUAAAUUACUCUUUUAUAAGAUUAAACCAGUUUUCAUAUUUGAUGGAUCAGUUCCCAUUUUGAAACGCGAAACAAUUGCGAAACGUCAGCAAGGACGUACUAAAAUACUUAAGGAAGUUGAAAGAAUACAAGAAUUACUUCAAGAGGCAAUGAGCAAAGAAAAGAUUUUGAAACGUGCCCUUAAUCCAGUCGUUUCAAAAGAAUUGCCUUCUGAUGCAAGUAACGAAAAAGGAAAAAAAGAAAACGAUGAGGGCAUAUUUACAAUUCCUGAGUAUUUAUCACCUACAAAAGCUGUAGAAGACCCCACUUCUUCAUCAGACUUAAAUACAUCAUUAUCUGAAAAUGAUAAUUUUGAUGAUAGUAGCAUGCAACAUUAUUAUAAUAUAAAUCUACAAAGCAUUGACGUGACUAGCUCACAUUUUAAAAGUUUACCGGCUGAUGUCAGGCUAGAAAUUUUAGCGGACAUAAGAGAAAUGAGAAAACAACAUUCUUGGGGGCGGUUGCAUGAGAUGCCAACUGAAAGUAAUAAUUUUAGUGAUUUUCAAAUGAAACGGCUACUGAAACGGCGUCAAGUGCAGGUCUCUUUGGAAGAGGCAGAAAAAGAAUUGGAAGGAAGAUGUUUAACUCUAAGUGAAUUGGAAACAUUUUUAAGUGAGCAAGGAAUCGUUCAAGCUGAAAAAAGCGCUAAAAGUCGAAUUAAUUCUGAUGCGAACACAAGGUUUUUAUUAGUAAAAGAUUUGAAAAAGGCUAUUGAAAAAGCAGCUAAGUUGGAGCUUCCAAAAAACGACUCGACAGAAGUAGGUGUUGUUGUCAAAGAAGAAAAGAAUAUGAAAGAUAAUGAGGGGGAUUUUAGUCAAGAUGAAGUAAUACUUGAUGCAUUCGGCAUUAAUACGAAUAAAAGUUCAAGUUCAAAUAAAAAUUGGGAUAAAAAUAAUUAUAUUGAUACUGAUUUAGAAUUAGCGAUUCAAUUAUCAUUAAAUCAAACAAAUGCAUACAAUGACAAAGAUUAUCUUUCAACAAAAGCUUCCCUAAAUAAAGAACAAAAAAACAUGUUUAAAAAUGCUACAGGAUCAGCAAAAGAUUAUUUACUAAAGUACGGAUUGAUAAAAAAUUUAGAUGUAGAUGAAAUUGACAAAAGUCAAAUUGAAAUAACUGAAAAUUAUGAUCUGUUAAAUAACUUAAAACACAACACAUCUUUAGUAGCUGAAAUCAAGUGUGGUAAAACUAAUCUUCAGUCUACUAAAAAUAAGCCUGUAUCAGACUGUGAUUUGAAAAAUCGAGAACAAAGUACAAUUAAUGAGGAAGCCACAAUCGGUUCCGAUUCUGAUACAGAUAAUGAGGUUGAUUUUGUUGAAGUUAAUGACUCUGACAAUAUAAUUGAUAAUUUAGAAAAAAAUGAAAUAAUUCAAAUUCAGCUUGAUGCUACGAAAACUAUUAAACCGCAAGACGAUAUGUUCGCUGAUAUAUUUUUAAAAGAAAAUAUAAAAUCUACAAAUAAGAAAUGCCAUCUUAAAAUUAAAACUUCUCAAAAUAAGAAACGAAAUAUGACGGACAUUUUGGAAGGACUUCAAAAAGAAGUUUUAGAUGUAACAAAGUUAAGCCUGGAUAAUAUAAUUUCUGAAAACAUUUUAAUUGAAGUACCAGAUUCACAAGAAACCGAAUUUUCUAAAAAUAGUAUUUUGGAGAAUAAUUCUAAAAUUUCAAUUGAAAUGUAUUCUAGCUCAUUGGAAAGUAUAAUUGAAAUACCAGACUCUCAAGAAAAUCAUUUCGUCAGAAAGUUUGACACCAAUUUAAAAGAUAAAAUUUCUGAAAUACAGAGCCAAAAUUCUUUUGAGUCUGAUCGUGUAAUUGAAAUUCUUGAUUCUCAAGAAAAUGAACUUGAUAAAAAAAAUAAGAUGAAACUUUUGGAACACUUUUCAAAUGACGAAUUCAAAACCGAAAUUUUAAAAACAAUUGAAACUGAGAUUGAUAAGUCAGAUUUACAAAAUGAUGAAAUUAUUAAUGAAGCAAAUAAAGAUUUUGAACUUUGCCAAAAUAAAGUCUGUAACUCACAAAAUAUUGAUAUAAAAACAGACGAUUCUGUAAAACUUCUUGAAGCAAAUGAAGUGAUAGAAAUAAUUGAUGAUAGUUUUGGGGUACUGCAGAAAACACCAUCAAAGCAGAAAAUAGAAGAUUUUUUUAAAACGGAAUACCUCAUCAAAAAAACUCCUGGUAAGGAUGAAGAUAAUAAAUAUAUGACCACCCCUUCCAAAGCCGUAUCAAAUUCUUUAUUAAAAAAGACGCCUGGGUCUAGUGGUAAUAAGGAACCGAGGGAGGAUAAAUUAACAAAAAGCCUUUCGAAGGUAUCCAAAGAACUUUUUGAACUCGAAAAUAAAAAAAAAGAAAAUAAAACCGAAAAGGAAGCAAAACUCAUUGAAAAAGAAUCAGCAUUAUUAAGAAAUGGUAAAAGUAAAGAAGAAUUAGAAAUUUUGGCGACUAAGUUAGAUCAAGAAAAGUAUGAGUUAGAAAAAGAAAGAAACCGUCAAGAUAGAAUGGGCCUUACCAUCACAGAAAAGAUGAAAAGAGAUUGUAUGGAUCUUUUAAAAUUAUUUGGUGUACCGUAUAUUGUUGCACCCAUGGAAGCAGAAGCACAAUGCGCUUUUUUAGAAGCGGCUGAACUCACACAAGGAACUAUAACAGAUGAUUCUGAUAUUUGGUUGUUUGGUGGGCGAACGGUGUAUAAAAACUUUUUUGAUAAGCAAAAGCAUGUUGUUGAAUUUAAAAGUGAACAAAUUCAUCGAGAUUUCAGUUUAGAUCGGGAUAAACUUAUCCAACUAGCUUUUUUAGUUGGUAGUGAUUAUACAAUUGGUAUUAAAGGUAUUGGAACCGUCACGGCUUUAGAAAUUUUAGCUGCAUUUCCGAAUAUUCCUGUUGUAAAGAAUGAAACUACUAGGGUAAUGUCGAUUCUCUCAUCAUUGCGAAAAUUUCGGGAUUGGUUUAAUAAUAAUAAAACAGAAGGGGCUGACAGCGUUAAAGUAAAGCUAAAAACUCAAUUAAAAAACAUUGAAAUUACUACUGGAUUCCCAAACUUAGCAGUUGCUGAAGCAUAUUUACACCCUUCUGUUGAUGAUAGUGAAGAACCAUUUACUUGGGGCAUUCCAAAUUUAGAAGAAAUUAAAAAAUUUGCUAGGAAAUAUUUUGGGUGGACUCCCGUGAAAACUGAUGAGACUUUGAGGCCCGUGCUAAAGCGAUUAGAACAGAAAAAGUCGCAAACUACAAUAAAAAAUUUUUUCAAUGUUAAACAUUCUGUAUAUAAAAAAGAAGUUAAAUAUAGUAAACGUGUUGAAAAAGCUGUUAAAGCCAUGGUCAGAAAUAAUAGUUCCGGAGAAGACGAAUUGGUUAAGAAAAUUGAAUCAAAAAAAACUCAAAAAUCAAAAAAAGAUAAAGAUAGUGGUAUUAAUAGUUCAAAAUGUACAUCAAACCGCAAACGAAAAACCAAAAAUGGGGCAAAUAUGAUAGUGCAGCCCGACGAACCAUCAACCGCAGAGCAAGCGUUUGAUGGAAGUCCAGAAAAGAAAAUUAAAACUACUGAAACUGAUGAUAUCAAAAAACACUGUAUUCCACAAGCAAAAGAAGUUAUACCACAAAGAGAAAACGAUAUAAGUGAAAUGAAUAAAAGAAAAGAAGUAGCAAGUGCAUUAUUUAAAAGAAGUCGGGCAGCUGCUAAAAAAAGUAACAAAGUCUAGCUUUUCAAAUUCUGUUUUAUUAAAGGAUUGUAAUAAAUUUUGUGUUAUUUUUAAUGA